UGGUCAUUCGGGUUGCGACAAUAGUUGGUUAGCUGCGAGAGAAUCAUUGAGCGAGUGAUGUACACUCUAAGCGGAGGACCGAGCAAAAUAGCAUCGAAAACGCGUCGAGCUCCGACGUCGCCAGCUCAGACGAAUUUUGACCAGUUAUCCAGGAAAGGAAAGGAGGAGAUUAUCAAUAUGACGUCUCCGAAGCCGGUGUUUAACGGCAAGCCUCGAUAUAACAACAGAAAUCACCAGGUGUCACGACAUCAUGAGCUGGUAGCAGCUCCUCAUGAGGAGAUGGUGCGAUACAUAUCCGACGCUUGGAAUAAAGUAUCAAAAGAAUACGAAGCUCACAGAAAAGCAGGACGUGAUCUAACUAUUGUAUACUACCAAGAAAAAGUGCCAAACCCACAGUUAAAUGGUUUCGAGCCUUUCGAUCUGGAGUCGUGGUGGGGAAAUCGCAUACUCAAGGAUAUCACGCAGUCGUCAUGAGACCGUGAGAUACAGGUGGAAGGCUACAGCGAUUGUGUAGGCAGGUUGUAGGAAGGGUCGAGCCGGGGGGGGGUCUCAUUGUUGAAUUUAAAGUCAUGGCGGCUGCAUUGUUAAUGCUGAUGCCACAUUGUGACACAAUUGUGAUGUUGUAAAGAAGGCGACGAUCAAAUUGCCGGAUAUCACUGUGAGUCCUCGUCACGAAACCGGACUCUUCGGAGGAAGCUAUAGAGUUUAGUUUCUUAUCCGCUUCAGUUGUGAUGUUCUGACAUUGCUCGGUGGUAGGGCAGGGAUGAUGUCGACUGGUGCUGUUGCAUCAGUACUCAUCUCUCCCUGCAACAAGUUCCGGCCUAUAUAACGUGGCCCUGUAGUUUCACACACACAAAUGCGUGAUUAGUAGUAUUCGCAGUUGAAUGACUGACCAUUCCAGGAACGGUGGAACGCAGUGGCAACAUAGGAUUUACUAGGUUCUGCCUUGAUGUGUGGCGACCCUAAAGAAAGCCGGAUGAUAGUCAGCGUUGAUGUCUGAAUGCGGUCUUAGGUGAUGACAUUAGUUUUUCCUCCCACGGCAUUGCUGCUUCGUCACCCUACUAAACGGCCUGCCUUGUAGUUUUAUAAUUUGUGAUCGUUAUUUUCAUCUUUUAGAGUCCGUCUGUCGAACGUCAAAUAAAAUACGCAAAAAUGAAAUCUAUCUUUCCCAUGUAAGUAGCUUGCUAGAAAUUGCCAUUCAAUGUACUAGAUUGGUUUAAGUCGUUGAUUUGCACGAACAUAUGGAAUGCUGAUGAGUUGCUCUGGCACUAAAAAUCGGUGUGAUAACGAUACGUAAUGAAAUUUGAAAAAUUCCAGAGACGCAUUUUGUGACAGCAUGGAUUUAUUUACUUGCAUUUUAUUGUUUGAUUUAAUUUUCAUGGGAUCUAACAUCAAAUAUUGCAACCCGUUUGAUGCGGUGAUUGCAUGCAGCUUCAAGUAAUGGAUAUUGAAAUAUUUUGGACUAACAACCAUUUCGAAAUCAGCUGAGGAAUACACAGUGAGCUUCUACGUAUUUGUUUAUGAAAGACAUUCCUUUUUUUGCGUAGUAUUACAUUGGAACGGCAUGUAUUUAACCCGUUUUUAGCAGUGGCAAUAAUGGCGUUUCCCCCACCAGAAAAGUUGGUGAUUGCCUCACUAGGUGGCAGCAGUAGGUGACAGCAAAACAGUCGGCUGCAACCAAAGAUCGUAUAGUGCCAGAGGCACAAGAUAAACCACUCUCCAAUAAUAGCGUAGUAGGUCAUGGGUCGCCA